AUGACAGGUCCACGCGAUCUUAAUGCACAAAUAGAAAGCCUUAUAAACAGGCUUCGCCGGCGUCAAGUAGUCGGUUCUUGGUGUGUCUCUAUUGAGACAGCUAUGCUACUUCGACAGGUGGUAUCCACUACUCGGUGGAACCACGUUGAAACUUUGAUAAAACUUGUGAAGGAAGAUAUAGGAAAGAGGUUAGUUAUGGCUCAACCACGAGAACUUGCCGUAGGAAAUAUUGUUCGUCGCGUAUUAUGCUUAAUACGUGAUGUAUAUAACUCUGAAGUUUCCACUUUUGAUGAUCUAUCGGCUGAAGAUGAUGAUAAAGGUUCAAUUACAGAUGAGGAAGAGGAGGAAGAAGUUACAUCAAAAUCAUCAUCCCAGAAAACAAGAACGUUUAGUUUUUAUGGUGGAUUAAGUGCUGCUUCUAUGAUAAACUUACUUGGAGAUGGCCCUCCGCCAUUAAUCAUAUCCGAAAUACAAGAGAUGAUUAAUGAAUUGGAAAACACAUAUGUAAACAUAGUAGAUCAGGCCAUGGAACAUAUUCAUUCGAAUGAAAUUAUCAUGACUGUUGGUAAAUCAAGAACUGUGGAAAUGUUUUUGAAAACUGCUGCCAAAAAAAGAAAGUUUUCUGUUUUAGUUGCGGAAACAUUCCCAACAUAUCUAGGUCAUGAAAUGGCAUUAUCUUUGUCACAGGCAGGGAUUGACACAACUGUGAUCUCUGAUUCAGCAAUUUUUGCUGUCAUGUCCAGAGUGAAUAAAGUGAUAAUGGGCACACAUGCAGUACUUGCGAAUGGGGGAUUGAUAUCUGUUAGCGGAGCUCAAAUGGUAGCUACAGCUGCUAAACAUCAUUCCAAACCAGUAGUAGUUUGUACUGGCCUUUAUAAAUUAUCGCCACUUUAUCCUUAUGAUGAAGAUUCAUUUAAUGAUCUUGUUGCUCCCGAUCCAGUGUUAAGUUUUAAUGAAGGCAAAAAACUAAAUGUGCAAUGCCAUCACCCAACAUGCGAGUCAAUUACUUUUGUGUUAAAUAUAUCUCAUCAAAUAUUUGUUCUGUACAUAAAAGGCGAUUUAAUAGAUAAAGUGACGCUAUUAAAUCCUUAUUACGAUUAUGUUUCGCCAGAACUCGUGAGCCUUUUUAUUACAAAUACCGGAGGUCAUCCUCCUUCAUACUUAUAUAGAUUGAUAAAUGAAAACUAUGACCCCGAUGACACUCCAGCUGUGUCUAUUCAAAAGUCUCAUCGUUAUGAAAAGUCAAUUGAGUUACCCGUCGAUCCACCUGACUUACCAGUUAACGAGAAAUUUGGUUUUUUACAUAAUACGGUUCACAUGGCUUCAGGCGACUCAAAUGCGGCUACAGAAUCUUUGACUCUACCUGAAAUAUCCAACACUGACUCAAACACUAACAAAUCCAAUCUCUUUGAAAGACAGUUACUAUUGCUUUUAAAAGAGAAAAUUCCAUCGAAUGAUAAAGAAGUGUUUGUCACCGGUGUAGAAAUUUAUGAAUAUCAUGAUUUUGACACAAAUCUACUUAAUAUCUACAUAUCUAAAGUAGACACUACUGGAUAUCGUCCUUGUUCUUCCACCCCUACCAAAAAUUUGUUAACCGCCUAUAUAAAAUUCUACUUAGAAGAGACUAAUGUUAAUAGGCAACUUUUAUUGAAACGUAAAACAAUCAAAUUUAAUAUUUUUGCGCGGCCACAUCCCCAAUAUCUAUUUCACCUUUCAGAGAAAAAUCCGACGAAACGCAUAUUAAGUGACUCUGAAUUACUAAAAUGGUGGAAAAAUGUUCUUCAACGAACUUUUUUACACGACAACACGAUGUGUAAUGCACAAGAAAAAACUCUAAAGAAACGAGGAUGGUAUUUUUUUCCUGGAAUGUCUUCUGAAAAACUUGCACGUACAUUUAUCAAAGAUAUUGUGAACGAUGAAGCGGAAAAUCAUGAAAAUUUAUUCUGGCAAUAUGGAUAUCCAUAUCCGGAUACUGAAGAAGCAAUAAAAGUUAUUCCUAGGUUUGAAGAUGACGCAAAGACAAGGUGGUUAGAAACUGCCAGGGAAUCAUCAUUGACAGUGAAGAAUUUUUGGGAGUUAAUAUCUAUUGGGGGUGAAUUUGCUGGCGGAAAGCAGGCCGGCUUCUUUUGGGUUGAUGUUGCUUUAGAAGAUGAUCAAGGUUUGGCAAGCCAGGAUAUAGAAACAAUACCCUUCAUUGAUCAAAGUUUUAACACGAGAAUAAAGAAAGAACUCGAGAAAGAAGUUGGUGGUGUGGUUGUUAGUGCUCAUACGUAUAUUCAGGCGCUCGGAGAACUUUUUGCUCAAGAGUUCCAUUCUGAAGAGGCCGCAAUUGAGUCAACUUCAUAUUGGUGUCGUUAUUUUACUGGGCUACAAGAUAAAAUUAAUCCAGACAGUUCGGUGAUUAAAUUUACGGUAAAUAAUAGUACCAUAACACAUAAUGAUGGUCAAAAGCUUAAUAAUACACCAGUUAAUAAUUUGCAAAUGCAUGUCAAAAGAAAAGCAUCAUCUACAGUUCAAAAUGAUAACUUAAAUUCUAAAAUAGAUUCAAAUGUCAAUGUGUUGCCUCUUUCGUCAAUAAAGAGAGUUAAAAAAUAA